CAAACAUGUAACAGACUUAAACCCUAAUAAAUGAUCAUCCGUACAUGCACCUCCUUCCUCAAGUAAGGAUAAAAACCACCUUCUGUUUUUGUUUCCCUUUUGACUCUAUAUAACACAUAGUAACUCCUCCGUAGUUACAUUCUUCCUUAGUUCCUCAUCAAACUCAAAAAUCUCUAUCUAUACGGGGAGUAUCAUACUAUCUUCAUCAUUCACCACCAGCAUUGAUCAUCAUCUGUUGGAAAAUAUGAAGAGAACACAUUUGGCAAGUUUUAGUAACAGAGACAAAACCCAAGAAGAAGAAGGAGAAGACGGUAAUGGUGACAACAGAGUCAUCAUGAAUCACUACAAGAAUUACGAAGCUGGGCUGAUCCCAUGGCCUCCCAAGAAUUACACUUGCAGCUUCUGCAGGAGAGAGUUCAGAUCUGCUCAAGCACUUGGAGGCCACAUGAAUGUUCAUAGAAGAGACAGAGCAAAACUCAGGCAGAUCCCUUCUUGGCUCUUCGAACCUCACCACCACACACCUAUUGCAAACCCUAACCCUAAUUUUAGCUCUUCUUCUUCCUCUUCAACAACAACAGCUCAUCUUGAGCCUUCCCUAACCAACCAGAGAUCCAAAACCACUCCUUUUCCUUCUGCCCGGUUUGAUCUUUUGGACAGUACUACUAGCUAUGGAGGUUUGAUGAUGGACAGAGAGAAGAACAAGAGCAAUGUAUGUAGCAGAGAGAUCAAGAAAAGUGCCAUCGAUGCAUGUCAUUCAGUAAGAUGUGAGAUAAGCCGUGGGGAUCUGAUGAAUAAGAAAGAUGAUCAAGUCAUGGGGUUGGAGCUUGGGAUGAGUUUGAGGAAUCCCAACCAAGUUCUUGAUUUGGAGCUUCGACUAGGCUACCUCUAAAUUCUUUUGAUUAGCUAGUAUUUGUACUUCAAAAUUAUAUCUAGUAUAAUCAUGUUUAGCUGAGCAGUACGUGAGCUAGAGAUUGUGAUUGCAUUCAGGCUAAUGGUAUUAAAUAGUAUUAGGCUUAAAUUUAUUGGAAGUCAAAAUGAAAUUAAAGUUGAAAAAAUCUCCAUAUGAUUUUU